AUGGUCUUGGAUGAUCGUGACAAAGAAGCAAAAUAUCCGAAGCGUCAAAAGCCGACCAAUCAACGAGAGGAGGCACGAAAAGUUGCGACUCCCACCGCUCCCGCAACUCCGAAAAGAGCCGCCCGGCCAGCUGCCAAUGCUAGAGAAGAGGUAGAGAAAUGGUGCAAGACGUGUCUGGACAAAGGUGUGACUGGAUUGCGAGACGAGUUUGCUCGCGAGAUCAAACGCUACGUGCCAGCCGACAUGCAAUUUGAAGCAUUCAAGGUCAACCAUCCAGCCGGUCGGAAUCGUUAUCAAGAUGUGCCUUGCCAGGACAAAGGCCGAAUCAUUCUGAAGCCUCCCGCCCCAUGUGACUACAUCCAUGCAAACUAUGUGGCGACGCCGAUGAGUGACAAGCGCUUCAUUUGCACCCAAGGACCCCUCGACAACACCCUGAUCGACUUUUGGCACAUGAUCAUUCAGGAAGAAACUGACUCGAUCAUCAUGCUUUGCAACGUGAUCGAGAAAGGAUUGCUGAAAUGUGCGCAGUACUGGCCAAACGAUGUGAACACCAGUGUCAAGCCGUCCGACAACAUCGAAGUGGUCAACGUCGAGCAACGUAUGAUGAUGGCCGAUGAUCAGAGCAUUCGUCUUUGCGUGCUCAAGAUGAAAUGGGACUUUGGCACGCCGCAGGAGCGCGAGGUUCGUCACUACCAAUGGAUUGAUUGGCCCGAUCGCGGCGUUCCAGUUAUUAAAGGACACACUCCCACCGAGCUGCUUUCGCGUGUUCGCGGAACCAAGAAGCCAAUUGUUGUUCACUGCUCAGCUGGAAUUGGCCGUACGGGAACGAUCGUUGCCAUCGAGUACACCCUGGAGCGUCUUCUGAUCGGAUUGCCGACUCUUGACAUGGAUAAGUUGCUCAAAGAAGUCCGCGAUCAGCGCCCCUACACUAUUCAAAAUGAUGCCCAAUACCUUUACAUUCAUCGUGUGCUGCUCAAUUACUUUAUCGUCAAAUACAAACAUGAGGGUUUACGUGCCAAGGACGUGAUGGAGAAGUAUGACCGCUUUGUGGUCGAUUACGAGAAAGCGACCGCU